UCUUUUAACAGGGUGCUGAUUAGGUCCUAAUAAGGGAGGAGUGAGGAACUUGUGAUAUAGUUAUGCACAUCAGAAGCAUGAAGAUGUGGCACAGCACUGCACCUGCUGUGAGUGAGGUGCCUAAGGAUAGAGAGCUAAUUUUUUUUUAAAGAGGAGCAGAACUGCUUUUCUACAUGUUAGUUAUCAGGGCAGGGUCCAAAUCAGCCUCCAGUAUCUGUUUUCUGCCAAAGCUCUGACUAGAAGCAAAAGAUGCCAUUGGGAAGAUGAGAAAAACCACCUUCUCAUACUCCUGAGUAUGUCAGAAUGUGUUUUGACAUCAGGGGCAGCUGUGUCUCAUCUGGGCUCAGGGGAAAGGGUGUCUGUUUCACACAGUGUGGCUUCCAGCCUGUCUUGAACCCUGGCACCUCUCUUCUUAGAAAUUAAGCACCACAGAGAAUAUUCUCCUCCUCCUCCUUCUUGUGGCAUAGUAGCUUUGGCUUUGCUUUCAGCAUAUAGCAAGAACUGACGAGUGAAGGAUGCUUCCUGCCACUUCAUCUGAAUCUUUCAUAACGUGACCAAAAGGCAACCACGGUGGAUUCUCCUUCACUCUUCCAAAUAGUUCUUGGCUUGACCGGUAAAGAAGCAGCAACCCAGAACCCAGCCACUCUUAUUCCAGGCUCUGCUCUCCAUACUGUGGUUAAACUGAGAGGAGAAGGAUGAAACAAGAGACCAGGAUACCGUGGAGAGAACUGGCUUUUGAGGAACAAUGUACCUACAUUGUAACAGACCAGCCGUACAACUCACACUCCAACCUUUCACGGGCCCAAGCCUCUUUGCCCCGGAACCUGGCCUUCCAGCACAACAGCACCAACCAGGUAAUGGCUGUGAUCACCAGAGAGUACAUCCCACAAGGCACACGCUUUGGACCAUUGGUUGGGAAAGUCUACACCAGACAGAAUAUUCCAAAAAACAUGGACUGGAAACACUACUGGAGAGUUUUCUCUGCAACAGGGGAGCUUCACCACAUCCUUGAUGUGAAUGACCACCAUUGCAGCAACUGGAUGUGCUAUGUGAAUCCAGCCCCCGCUCGCCUAGCCCAGAACUUGAUGGUUUGCCAGCACAAUCUGGAGAUCUAUUUCUACACCAUAAAACCCAUCUCAGCUGGAGCUGAACUUUUGGUUUGGUAUACCCAUGAGGUAUCUAGGCAUUUCCAGUGCUUGCUCUCGAGGAAGCUGGCAGCCAAGCCAGAAUAUCUAGACUCAAGGGAUUUCCCAGUAGAACCUUUCCCUGAGAUGGUCAAUAGACUGCUACAGAAUGACCCCAAAGAUGACCAAAGAUGCACAGCUAUUCACACAAAGAAAGCCAAGAACGAUGAUGAGGAAGAGAGAAUUGAUGCUGAAGAGCUAGAACAAGGCAUGCCGCCAAGUAAGACAGCAAAAAACCAAAAAGUGGCUCCCAGGCCAGAGACCUCCAGGAGAGUGAAAGAGCCGCUCACAAAGCUUAGCUUUCCCCACAACACAUCCAGGGAGAAUGUUACUCCUGAGAAGUCUGCUCCUCUGAGUCAAAGGGGCACAGCCCCAGAGAAACAGCAUGGUGCCAGUUGCUACCCAUACAACCAGACUACCUUGCUCCAGAAGGAACUUCCGCUCCAACCUGACAACCCCUAUUCCUCCAGCUCAGGGUGCCAGCCAAUGGGCAAUCUGCUCCGGGCAUAUUCCUUCAGCACCUCAGCUGCCCACUACCCCAAAUCUGUACUGGUUCCUCAAAUCUUCUCAUUUCCAUUGGGACUGCCUCUAACCGACCCUAUAGAAAUUGCACCCCUAAAUUUGUCUUCCCAGGGCACUCUAGGGAAAAGAGCAAUUCCCUAUCUAGAGAUGUGUCAAACUGUCUUCCCUUCCAUCUUGCCACAUGGAAAACAAGCAGCCAAGAAACCACAGGAUCCUUCCUCUUCCCUCCCCACCAGGAUCUUUAAAUUUUUGGCCUCUGACCAAGGCCACCCCACCCUUUCACAUGGCACCAUAGUUCAGCAACUGAAAGCUACCUCUCACUUUGCCUACCAGCAUGAGGCCAUCAACCUCAGCAUGCCAAAGACCACUCCACCAGAGUCCCAGGAAAGCAGAAAGUCUGUGACCCACCCUCUGGAAAAGAAGAAUGACAAAAUUAAGUACAAGUGCAACGUCUGCAACAAGAGCUUCGGGCAGCUCUCUAAUCUCAAGGUCCAUCUGAGAGUGCACAGUGGCGAGAGGCCUUUUCAGUGCCAGAUCUGUAAAAAGCGUUUCGUCCAGCUGGCUCACCUUCAGAAACACCACCUGGUGCACACAGGCGAGAGGCCCCACCUGUGCGUGAUCUGCCACAAACGCUUCAGCAGCACCAGCAACCUCAAAACCCACCUGCGCCUGCACUCUGGGAUAAAGCCUUAUGCAUGCUGCGUGUGCCACAGCCGUUUCACCCAGCACAUCCAUCUCAAGCUCCAUCAGCGCCUCCAUGAUCGCCGGGCCCUGAACUACUGCCCCAGCUGCUGCAAGACCUACAUCCACCUGGUUAGCUUGGAGGUACACUGCCGGGGAUAUUGCCCACUUACCCCAUGCGCCAACUACUUGCCUGCCCAGCUCCACCAUUUCAAUGAUAUGAUUGACCGCUUUGACUUCAGCCUAGAUGCCGACCACCUGGAGGAGGAAGAGCCUGAUCCUGUCAAGGCUGCUGUGCUAGUGGAGGCCAUCAUUCUGAGGGAAAUGGCGGUCGGUGGCCACCACUCCACUUGGCAGGAAGGAGGCCUUUUGAGGGCCUACUCCAGAUCUUGCCAUCAUCUGAGCUGAAGCAGAUGGUGACAGAAUUAUAGGAACGUCUCUGCUGUGGCACACCAGCUGCAUACAUUGCACACCAUACAUUUAAAGCAUAGUUAAAAACACAUGACUUUCCUCAGAGAAUCCUGGGAACUGUAGUUUCUUAACGGUGCUGGGAGUUGUAGCUUUGUGAGGGGUAAACUACCUUUCGCAGGAUUCUUUGGGGGAAGUCAUGUACUUUAAAUGCAUGGUGUAUACAUAGCCACCAUCUUUGCAAUUUCCUCCCCUGAGAGGUGUGCCUUGCACCAACCACAGCAGUUCUUAUCGCUGCUGAGUUUUUGGUGCCAGACAUAAACCUUUUCAUUUGCCCAGGCUUUUGAAGUGUUUGAGACUUUUAUGCUGCCAUUUUACCUUCUUGUAUUGCUCAGCUGUGUCUUGUUUUUGUUUUUAUUAUUUCUGUGAUUUAAUGUUUUUAAAUUGUGAUUAUUCUGUUACUGCAAGCCUUUGCUGAAGAGUGGCGUGUAAGUAAUUGAAAACAAAAAAUUGUUUGGCCUAAGGUAUUUUGCUGCCUGAAGCAGAGGACAAGAUGAUGCCCCUUUCUUCCAUGUACAGAAACUUCCACGUAUGGUACAGCUCUCCCCACCACUCCUGAGGGCAGCAGACUGAGUAAGGGAGUACAGAGCAGGCUGUAUGGGACACCAGUUCCAUCCUCCAACACCUCACUACCACUCCUCACAGCUUUCCUAGCAUUUGGCACCUCACUCUAGAGUCUAUCUAAUAGUAGGGCUGGAACUGUGAAUGAAUAAAAUUCCUGUAAGGUUCUACAGCAGGUGUGAUGAGGCAGACGUUUGGGAUAUGAAAGGCAGGGGAUUUUGUAUUUAUGUCGGCAUUUGGGUACCCAGUUUGGAUUAACAUUUUGUUGCCAGUUUCUGGUGUGUUUGUGUGUGUGGUUUGUAAAUACACUAUAGAUUUCCACAGGCAAAAAGACAACCAUGUUCCUCCAACCCACACUUUCAGGGCUGUAUGAAUCACACAUAAAUAAGCUCCUAUGCAAUGGUGACUACAGCUCAACUAACAAUUAGUACCUGAAACUUUGCUGGGGAGAGAGCCAGACGAACAAAUGAAACAAAACAAAGUAAAACACCCAGCAACAAACAAACAGGUACGUUCUGCUGUCCAGAAGCAGUUCUAUUUAUGAGAGGUGAUAAAGUAAGAGAUUUUACCUCAGGAAAGAGAUUGCAAGCACCACUGAAGUCGAGAGAGUGGGAGACAGGUAGAUCAGAUGCAUCAUGAGGCCUCAUCCACCUGGAAAUUCUCCUGUGUGCUAUAAUGCUCUUGCAAAGCUGCCAUUCAUUUCCAUGAGUCUUGUGCUCGUGUGACAUAUUAAAGCCUCAUCUGCCCUAUAUAUUUAAAGCAGUACUAUACCACUUUGAACAGUCGCUGCUUCCCCCAAAGUUGAGAGGUGCUGAGAGUUGUUAGGGGACCCCUAUUCCUCUCACAGAGCUACAAUUCCCAGUGUGGUCUAACAAUCAAUCCUUCUUCCCAAGGAACUCUGGGAAAUGAGGGGAAUGGGAAUCUCCUAACAGUUCUCAGCACCCUUAACAAACUAUAAUUCCCAGGAUUCUUUGGGGGAAGUCAUGGCUGUUUAAAGUGGUAUAAUACUGCUUUAAAUGUGUAGUACAGAUGGGGGCCUACCUGACAGGAGGCCCAGGUUCAAAUCCCCACUCAGCUUUCCAAUAUCCUUCAGCCUAGCCAACCUCACAGAGUUGUAGUAAGGAUAAAAAUGAGGAGGGGGAGAGCAGAGCCUUGCAGCAGGGAUGGGAACCCUGGAACCCUCAGGUUUUGGACUCACAACUCUCAUCAGCCCUAGCCAGCAUGGCCAUAAGGGAUGAUGGGAAUUGUAAUCUGACAUCUUGAGGGGCAAACGUUUUUCAUCCUUGAUGUACACAAUCAUGAGCAGU